CACAGAGGUUGCAGCCAUUGCACUGAGGAGCAUCCCGCAUUCAACAGGAGGAACCCGCGGCAGAGCAGCCCCGACCCCUUCGCAGCCGCAGCGUGUGCGCCCCGCGGCCGCUCGCACGCCAUGGCCAAGGAAGGCGUAGAGAAGGCGGAGGAGACCGAGCAGAUGAUCGAGAAGGAGACCAGCAAGGAGCCUGCUGAGGGCGGCGACAGCUCCCACCGCCUCGGGGAUGCCCAGGAGAUGCGCGCCGUGGUGCUGGCCGGCUUCGGCGGGCUCAACAAGCUGAGGCUCUCCAGAAAGGCCAUGCCGGAGCCACAGGACGGCGAGCUCAAGAUCCGCGUCAAAGCCUGUGGCUUGAACUUCAUUGACCUGAUGGUGCGACAAGGGAAUAUUGACAACCCUCCUAAGACACCCUUGGUGCCAGGAUUUGAAUGUUCUGGGAUUGUCGAAGCUCUAGGGGACAGCGUAAAAGGAUACGAGAUUGGAGACCGUGUGAUGGCAUUUGUCAACUACAAUGCCUGGGCUGAGGUGGUCUGCACACCCGUCGAGUUUGUCUACAAGAUCCCAGAUGACAUGAGUUUCCCCGAGGCCGCUGCUUUCCCCAUGAACUUCGUCACCGCUUACACGAUGCUCUUUGACAUCGCCAACCUCCGGGAAGGGAUGUCCGUGCUGGUGCACUCAGCUGGUGGAGGGGUGGGUCAAGCUGUGGCUCAGCUGUGUUCUACCGUCCCCAAUGUGACCGUCUUUGGAACAGCCUCUAAUUUCAAGCAUGAGGCCAUCAAAGAUUCUGUGACCCACCUUUUUGACAGAAAUGCAGACUACGUGCAAGAAGUAAAGAGGAUUUCAGCUGAAGGUGUGGACAUCGUUUUGGACUGCCUGUGUGGGGACAACACUGGCAAGGGACUCAGUCUCCUCAAACCUCUGGGGACCUACAUUUUAUAUGGUUCAUCCAACAUGGUAACUGGAGAGACCAAGAGUUUCUUUAGCUUUGCAAAGUCGUGGUGGCAGGUGGAGAAAGUGAACCCCAUCAAGCUGUAUGAAGAAAACAAAGUCAUUGCAGGCUUCUCGCUCCUCAACCUGCUCUUCAAACAGGGCCGCUCGGGCCUCAUCCGAGGGGUAGUCGAGAAGCUCAUAGGCCUGUACAACCAGAAGAAGAUCAAGCCUGUGGUGGAUUCCUUGUGGGCCCUGGAGGAGGUAAAGGAGGCCAUGCAGCGCAUCCACGACCGAGGGAACAUCGGGAAGUUAAUUCUCGACGUGGAGAAGACCCCAACUCCGCUGAUGGCCAAUGAUAGCACAGAGACCAGCGAGGCAGGCGAGGAGGAAGAGGACCAUGAAGGUGACAGUGAGAACAAGGAGAGGAUGCCCUUCAUCCAGUAAGCCAGACCUCAUAUCCCAGAAGGUGGAGGAUGGCUGGGAAGAAGAUGGCCACCACGAGAACUCUUCCGUGCCCCAGUGAACCAAUGCUGUAGUCCAGUGCGUGUCGUGUUUGUCUGCAGUCAGCCGAGCUAAGAAGCUGUUGAUCACUGUUGUGUUUGGAAUUAAGUGCCAAUCCCAUUACAUGCAGUAUUGUGUCCCUUCCCAGUCUGUGUACCACACUCUCCUCUCUCCCUCGAAUCAAACCCAUCCUUCUUUGGGUCCUUGAUGGUUCUAGAAUAGCCUUGCAAAUACAUACAAGCUCAUAGAGCCCCAGGUCAGAAACCGGACAAGGGGCAAGGCCGCAUUUGAUUUGAAAGGUGUUGUCACAGAGCCCUGUCCAGACCCCAUCAUUCUUCAGGCCAGUGACACUCUUUGCCUCCCAGCAAUCAGCCAUGCCUUCACCUGUGGCACUCUUCAGUUUAGCUAGUAGCAAGAUACUAGACCAGGAGGAGUAUUCACGACCCCGCCACCACAUGUUAAGAUCUGAGCCUCUCUUUAAUCCUCUUCGCUGGCUCUUGUUGAUACAGCCAAGGAGGCAAAUGUAGGUCCUUUCCAGAAUAGAGAUGGGCCAGCAAUAUCUAUCUAAGACCAGCUACAGAGACCUCUCCUCCGAACCAUGUCUAAUGAGCAAAGUCCUCCCUGUGGCCACACAUGGCUUUUUUAAAUCCUAAGAACCCUCACCACAUGUAGACCUAACUCAUAUGUCAUUAAAGUCACCUGGGUUCUCACUCUCAGCCUUCAGAAUUACCACAUAUUAUUUUUAAGUUCCUGCCCAGGAAAUACCUUUCCCAAGGAAGAUCUCCCUUAAAGACCACCUUUGGGGUUGAAAAAAGAACCAAUUGGUUUCUUCUGCCUAUUCAGAGCACAUUCUAAUGGGCAAUGCGCAUUAGGGAUAUAGAUGGUGGCUGCCCAGCCUCUGAUGGCAACUGUGUGGUCCCCAUUUCCAACACACAGAACCAUGGUGCUGAUUUCCAGGUUCCUCAGAAAUCAGGGGCCAAACUGCUUGUUUGAACCCCAAUUUUCCAUAUUGAAAAAACACCAUCCCCAUCCUUAUUAAUGGGCUUUGAAGUGACAACCAUUACCUGAGAGGAUGUGGGGUCUCCCUUCCUCCACAGUGAGGCUCCUUACUGACACCUUCCAGCCCUUCUGUCCUAAAGGUUCACAUGUCACUCAGAAACCAAACUAAAUCUAAACGGCACCCAUGCAGUUAGCACCCCGAACUCACGUUUGCCUUCUGCAGGACCUGAGUGGGCUCCUCAAUGACCUUGAGUUAGUGUUCCAAGUUUCUUUACAUUCUUGACGACUUGGGGGAGGGGCUCCUGUGUUGCCUACUUUCCCCACUAACAAGUUUUAGGGUGGCCCCCACUCUUCCCUCAUGGGCUGGGAACGAACACAUUUCCACCACCAUUCCUGCUUGGUUUGCAAAAUUCCCUGUAGCCAGUCUCGUGCCAUUCAUCCUACUCCUUUAUCUCGAUCCCGAUUUGUGAUGAUGACUUCUUCAUGCCAAAUAUUUACCAGAAGGUAGUCCUUCUUUCCUUACUGUGACAGUGAUAGUCAAAUAUGAAGAUGAGAAAAGGAACUGUCAGCCACUAAGCCAAGGGCUGAGAAUAGCCAAAAAGAGUGCCAACCACAGAUUUCUAUUUUCUACUUCUGGGAGAUGAUAGCCCUUUGCUAAAUACCACAUAAUCAAUCAAUUUCCAUCGUGACCAUGUUCAAGGGUGGGUAGACCUGAGGACCACUCUCAAAGUGGUAUUACUAGUAUGUAGAAAUAGCCUUCUGGAGAGGCCAGGGACCACCGGUCACAGGAAGCUUCUCCUUCAGGGGACAUGGAACCUGUCCGACAUUCAGAAUGCCAGGUGGUCCUGUCAGGAACAGCAAAGAAGCAUGGGAAGUCAUCUGUCCCCAAAUCUGUUUUUUUUUUGUUUUGUUUUGUUUUGUUCUUUAAAACUAUUGAUCAUACAUGAGAAACCUCUCCUCCUGAGAACACAGAAUGAGAAAAUUUUGAGUGUGGCCAGCAUCGCCAUGAAGGUCAACAGGAGGGUUGGAUAGGGAGAACUGGAAUCGGUCGGUCAUCACGUGGACUCUUGUGUUAAGUCCCCUCCUUCCCCUCUCGAGAUUGUUUCCUGGGAGAAGUGCAGAGAGUGUCUCUGUAUGCCUUAAGGGAGCUGCGAAGGCUUCUUGGAAGGUUGAGCUUUAUUGGAAUGAACCGAACAUCAUCUAGUGUGUCCGUGGCUUCAGAGCUUUCAUUAUAUUGUUAUAUUGUGCCUACAAAGCAAAUUAUGUUUACAUGAAAAUAUAAAUAAAGUAUUCAGCAUA